CCAAUGGCGGCACGGAUAUGGCGCCGUGGGCUGGGUUUAGGCCGAAAGAGGCGUAGGAGCAGCGCCUGUUAAGUGUCGUCUUCGCCGUCACGGGCCAGCGCCACUUCCUGGAUUCAUUCAUUCGUUUUUUCAUUCACGAAGGUAGUAAGGCCUAGUUGAAAGCUAUGGAGAGCUCUCUUCCUGCCGCCGGCUUCCUGUACUGGGUGGGCGCAGGCACCGUGGCCUACGUGGCCCUGCGCAUCUCAAGCUGGCUCUUCACGGCCCUCCGGGUCUGGGGUUUGAGUCACGAGGUAGGGGUCGGACCCGAGCUCGGAGAAUGGGCAGUUGUCACAGGUAGUACUGAUGGAAUUGGAAAGUCAUAUGCGGAAGAGUUAGCAAAACAUGGAAUGAAGAUUGUCCUUAUCAGCAGAUCACAAGAUAAACUGAAUCAAGUUUCCAGUGAAAUAAGAGAAAAAUUCAAAGUGGAAACAAUGACCAUCGCUGUUGACUUUGCAUCUGAAGAUAUUUAUGAUAAAAUUAGAACAAGCUUGGCAGGCCUGAAAAUUGGUGUUUUAGUGAACAAUGUGGGGAUGUCAUAUGACUAUCCUGAAUACUUUCUGGACAUUCCUGACUUGGACAAUAUCAUCAAGAAACUGAUAAAUAUUAAUGUUCUCUCUGUUUGUAAGAUGACACGUUUGGUGCUGCCUGGCAUGGUGGAAAGAUCUAAAGGGGCGAUUCUGAACAUCUCCUCGGCCAGCGGCAUGUUCCCUGUUCCACUGUUGGCCAUUUACUCCGCAACCAAGGCUUUUGUGGAUUUCUUCUCUCAGUGCCUCCAUGAGGAAUACAGGAGCAAGGGCAUCUUUGUGCAGAGUGUCGUGCCGUUCUUCGUAGCUACGAAGCUGUCUAAAAUCCGAAGGCCCACGUUGGAUAUGCCCUCUGCAGAGACCUACGUGAAGGCUGCGAUUAAAACGGUGGGCUUGCAGUCCCGAACCUCCGGGUACCUGGUCCAUUCUCUUAUGGCCUCGAUACUUUCAGCCAUGCCUGUCUGGCUGUAUUUGAAAAUAAUCAUGAAUGUGAACAAAUCCACACGAGCUCGCUCUCUGAAGAAAGCCAAGAAGAACUAAGCACUGAUACCCGCCCUGAGUAGCUUGGCGGGGUGCGCCAGCCUACACGGGUUUGCGGCAAGGCACCCACCCCUCUCCAAAACCUGCGGUGGUCCUUUCAUCAAUUACUAAUAAGGCUACAUGUUGUCAUAAUUGGGGGGAGAGCAGACGUUGCUUUCAGAAGUUCCAGAGAUACAUUCUGGAUACUAGCAGGAGUUAUUUUGAAGUGUAGUAUAAAUGCUCUUAUCAAAUGGACAUAGAACUAAUACUAGCAAGAACAGGGUAACGGGAAGGAACAUGAUUGUAGCAAAUCACAGACCGACAGAGACAGACACAGUGCUGAUCCAGUGCUUUCAUCUGGCCCAGGACGCCAACGAUGAUGAUUCUUGUAUUUUCUCUGAAAUAUACUUUAAAAAGUAUGGCCAGAAAAGAACUUUUUUUUUUUUUUUUUUAACAUUUU